AUGAAGGCGGUCAUUCAGAGAGUCACAAAGGCGUCUGUCACUGUCGGCAACGAUGUGGUGAGUUUUUUAAGUUUUCGUUCCCAUUUUUAUCGUAAUUUAGAUCAGUUCUAUAGGUCGCGGAGUUUGCGUUCUUGUUGGCGUGAGCAAAGAUGACACCGAAGAAGAUAUGGACUUCAUCAUCCGGAAAAUCUUGAAGUUGCGGCUUUUCCCGUCAGAAAGCCGACCUUGGGACAAAUCGGUAUCGGAACUCGACCUCGAAGUCUUAUCUGUGAGCCAGUUCACUUUGUACGGCAUUUUGAAGGUUUUCUGGAAGUUUGAUUAAUUUUCAAUUCGGCUUUUUAGGGUAACAAGCUAGAUUUUCAUAAUGCAAUGGCUCCUGAGGCAGCUUCAAUCUUCUACUCCAACUUUUUGGAGAAGUUGAAAAGCAACUACAAAAGUGAUAAAGUUCAGGUAGAAUAUCGAUUUUAACCAAAUAGUUUCAGUUUUUCAUAGGAUGGAAAGUUUGCUGCGUACAUGUCUCUUGACAUUGUAAACGAUGGUCCAGUGACGAUAACUUUAGAUUCUAAGAAAAAUGUUGAUAAAUAAAUUUUUAUAUUCUCUCCGUGUUCUUGUUCUUAAUAUCAGUGUGCCUCUGUCUACGUAUCUUCAUUCUUUCGAAGGCAUAUUCAAAUUUUACUUCUAGAAUUUAGGAUGAGUUUCGAGCAGCUGAAAGCGCAGCUUCACUCAGAUAUCCAAGGCGUCAAUAGGUCAGUAAAUUGUUUAGUUUUCAAGGUCAGCUUUAUCCUUUUAGGUACAAUCCAGAGAAUGUGAACGAUUUGGCGGCGUGUGUCCAGGCGAUGGCAGCCGAAAAUAAAUACGACAAGGACAUUGUUUUGACCGUUUUGAAGCUUUAUCAACUCAAUCCUGAUAGGUUUUUUCCGGUUUUUUUUUUGUGUAAAUUGUAAUUUUUGAUUCAAGAUACGAUGAAACGACGGUUCGCCUCGUCUUGCUUAAAACUCUGAUGGUUUUGCCGUCGAGCGACUUCGCCCUUGCCAAGUGUCUCAUCGAUACGAAUAAGCUUGGAUCUCCCGUAUAUAUUACUUCUUUUAAUGGUAUAUUCUUCAGUUUUUCAGGAACUGAGACGAGUUUUUUUGAUCUUGGCGCAGUUUUGGAAUCAUGUGAUUUCUCCGUUUUCUGGCAGUUGGUCAAAGGAACUUACAAGGUGGAUUUUUUUUUUCUAAAAAGAAAGAUGUUGAGAAAGCUCUGAGGGUUGAAAUUCUAAAAAAAAAGAAAGAGGUAUUUCCUUUUUAUUUCUGUGUUACAGUGCAGAUUUUUCAAUAAAAUGAAAUUAAUUACAGCCUUCAACUAACGCCACUGAACCAUUCAAACUUCCCCAAGAGAUUCCAAAAAUGAUCCGGUCGAUCACUGGUUUUGAGGAAGCCGUCAAAACUUGUAAGUUCUCCUUUUUUUUUUCUGAACCGAACAAAUUUGUUUAUUUAUGGUAUUUGGUUCUUCAUCUCUGAACGGAUAACUGCACGUCGACGUUAAAGUUUUUAUCUUCUAAAUUUAUUCUUCUAGUUGUUUAAUCACAGCAGUGUUUGUCAUAAUAGUCCGCCAGAAACUCGAAAUUUUAAAUCAAAAUAUUACUUUUGGCCUGAAAUUUUUUAUGUGAAAUUGAAAGCGUCAAAUAGGGACACUUUUGCCCGUUUUGCAAUCUCUAACUUUGCAGACGCUUGCCGAGUGAUCAACGUCACCUUCCAGAAUAUUGAAAAGUCUCUGUUGAGCCGUCUUUUGGGUGGAGCUGAUGGUAUUAUUUUCUUUCUUUUUUUUCGCAUAGCUUUACAAAAAUCAUAAUACUUGCAGACAAAGAAGUAGCGACGUACGCGAAAAGGUUCGGUUGGGAGGCGAAAGAAGGCGGAAACGUAUUUUUUGUCGCAAAUCACGACGCCACGAUCCGGACCAGGAAUAUCGACGAGAAAAUUCAGUUCUCCCGUGAGUUUUUCAAUAGUAUUUGGGCUAAACUAUAAAAGAAAAAUCCGAAAAAAAAACUUCUGGCUUGGAAAAUACGAGGAUUCUUAAGAUGUUGGCGAUAUUUUGCGGAGUAUCAACGUCCCCCUGCAGCUUGCUUAA